AUGUGUUGCCGACUGCUCACUUCUUUUCUCUAUUUCUUUCUUUUUCUUCAUUUGGUUUACUCGUCGAUCGAUUUCGAAACCGAAGAAAAUCGAUAUGGAUUGUCGAUUCCAAAAGAUGCGAAACAUCGACCGGAAGUUUUGAAUCGAGUGGAUGAGUUGAGGGAUCAGGGAUCAUUGCUUUUCGGUGAUGUGCCAGAGAAUCGGUGUUUCUGCAGUUACGGGCACGAGGCGGGGGUUUGCGAUCGAAACGAAACGUGCAUCAAGCACCCAUUGGCCGCCUGUUAUCACGCGAUCGAAUUGACUUACAACGCUUCAAUGAAAUCGAUGGUCACCUGGCAUAAAUAUGGAUGUGCACCGUUGGAGAAAGGAAGCGACGCCUCACAUCUUACGUGUCAUAAUGCUGCCCACUAUCGCGCUAAAGAUUUCGAAGACGAGGAAUACGAUUUCAAUGAAAUAACCCUUUCAUCAUUUUCCAAAUUCUUCUUUCUCAAAGCUUUCUUCAUAUUUUUUGCAAUGAGUUUAUUGAUUUUCAUUUUUAUUUAUAUCACUCGUUUGUGGGGAUUCAAAAAAAAAAAAGAAAAAUCAAAGGAGGAUUUAAUGGAGAAACAACCGAUGCUUGGGAUCGAUGAUUCGGGAAGCGGUUCCGGGUCUGGGAUGUGCUCGUUAAACGAAAGAACUGUUGCACAAGAUUUGAAGAUUAUUAAGGUGAUCGAUCAGGGACGAUAUGGAAAAGUUCGAACAGCCGAGUAUAGAGGAAGUCUUGUUGCUGUGAAAACUUUCAACACAACUGAGGAGGAUUCGUGGAAGAAUGAGAGAGAUGUCUAUCAGACACAAAUGUUGAAUCAUGAAUGCAUUCUACAAUUUGUCGCCGCUGACAUCAACAGUGAAGACUCGAUUACGCAGAUGCUUUUGAUUACGGAUUAUCACGAGCUUGGCUCACUUUACGACUAUUUAAGACGGGAAAACGAUUUGGAUUUGAGAGAGGCGAUUGAAUUGGCAUAUAGUUCAAUCUCCGGUAUCGAUCAUCUUCAUAACUCAGUUUUGGGGACAGGAAGUCGUCGAAAGCCGGAGAUAGCUCACAGAGAUUUAAAGAGCAAGAAUAUUAUUGUGAAACGUCCUGGUUUCUGCUGUAUCGCUGAUUUUGGAUUAGCCGUUCGACUUGAAAACAACAAAAUUAUGCCAGAAAAAGUGAACAUUCAAGUUGGCACGAAGAGAUAUAUGGCACCAGAGCUGCUUUCGAAAGAACUCAACAUAAAUGUUUUCGAGGAGUUCAAACGCGCCGACAUCUAUUCGUUCGCGUUGGUGAUGUGGGAGAUCGCGAGAAGUUGUCCCCAUCCGUGUGGUCGAUCUUCUGAGGCACCAAAAGAUGCAAGCCUUUCAGCAGAUUCGGGUCUUGGUGCUUCAGCAAGCAACUCGUCUUCUCUCUCAAAACUUUACGAGUGUCCGUUUGAGGGAAUGGUCAAAUCGGAUCCAUCUCUCGAAGAAAUGAAAGUGAUUGUUUGUGACAUGAACUAUCGACCUGAGAUCCCCGCAUUUUGGAGGAAUCCUAUUGAGGAACCCGAGCUCAAUCGUUAUUCCCAAUUGAUAAUCGAUUGUUGGAACGGGCAUCCACAUCGACGGCAUACAGCAUUGAAAGUGAAAAAAGUGUUGAGCGGGAUUCUCGGGAAUCUUUAUACGAGUCAAGGCACAAAUCUCAAUAAAGGUUUCAUCCCAUGCAAGAAAGAAUCCGACAGUGGAAUUGGGAGUAAUGGAUCGUCAAAAGAACGUCCGAUUUUACCAGUGUCAUUCAUUCAACAAGUU